AUGCAGUGCUACACGGAGCUCACUCCUCCAACCGCAGUGACACAUUCUUUAGCACUACCUUUCCUAUCGGCCUCCGCGAAUAACCUCGUCGUUGCAAAGACAUCUCUGCUGCAGAUUUUCUCGCUAAAGUCCGUCGUUACCCAUGCCAAUGACAGUCCAAGCCGCAUUGCCCAGAACGCAAGCCAAAAUCAGCGAGAGGAUGCCAACGGUCCCGACUCCUCCCUUCCCCAUUCUGCAACCGUGAAAGGCGAUCGUCAACAUACAACCAAGUUAGUAUUGGUAGCACAAUUUGAGCUCGCGGGAACUAUCACCUCUCUCGCUCGCGUGAAAAUCUUAAGAUCUAAGUCUGGUGGCGAAGCUUUGUUGGUUGCUCUGAGGGAUGCAAAACUCAGCUUGGUGGAGUGGGACCCAGAAAGAUAUAGCAUUUCCACGAUAUCAAUACAUUACUACGAAAGCGAAGAUAUACUGAGCAGCCCAUGCGAGCCUGAUUUGGGAUCGUGUGUCAAUUACCUGAGCGUGGAUCCAAGCAGCAGAUGUGCGGCUCUGAAGUUUGGGGUCAGACACUUGGCAAUAAUACCGUUCCACCAAGUCGGAGAUGACCUCGUUAUAGAUGACUACGAUUCUGAGUUGGACGGAGAGCGACCAGAUAGAAAGCAAUCUACCUCCAAAGCUGCUGCUGAAGGUGGUCCAGAUGAGAAGACGCCCUAUGCUGCAUCUUUUGUGCUAUCACUGCUGGCUCUUGACCCUUCUCUAUCUCAUCCAAUACACCUCUCCUUUCUAUACGAAUAUCGGGAUCCCACGUUCGGCAUCCUAUACUCGCAAGGAGCCACGUCGUCAGGCUUGCUUCAUGAGCGGCGCGACAAUGUUUCUUACGCAGUCUAUACUCUUGAUCUAGAACAGCGCGCUUCGACGACUUUGUCGUCAGUCAACAACCUUCCAUACGACCUUUUUGCAGUGGUACCUCUUUCACGCCUUGUGGGAGGAGCAUUGCUAGUGGGCGGUAAUGAGAUGAUUCAUGUCGACCAGUCCGGCAAAACCAAUGGUGUAGCUGUCAACGACUUUGCCAAGCAAUCUACAGCUUUGGCGAUGCUCGACCAGUCUGAUCUGAACAUGAGAUUGGAGGACUGCGUGGUCAAGCAGCUUGGGCAUGAUAACAGCGACUUGCUGAUUAUACUCAGUACGGGUGAACUUGCCAUCCUGUCUUUCAAGAUCGAUGGGAGAUCGGUAUCUGGACUCUCGAUACGCCGCGUGCAACCCACGGACGGUGGAAAUGCCAUCCAUACUAGUCCAUCGUGCGCAUCAAUCGUUGGGCGCAGUAGGAUGUUCGUCGGCAGCGAAGAUUCAAGUUCUUUAGUACUUGGCUGGUCUCGGAAAUCGGAACGUUUAAAACGGAAACCCUCUCGAACGCAGAUGGACAUUGACGGCGACGAGGAUGAAGUAGACGUUGAUGAGGAAGAGAUUGACGAAGACGAGGAUGACUUGUAUGCCGAGACAAAGCCUGAGACAAAGCGCCAGGAGCAAACCCUGUUAGUAUCAGAUGCCGAUGCGGAGGAAGAUUACACUUUUCGCUUGCAUGAUUCAAUGUUCAACUCUGGACCCAUGACUGGUAUAGCUAUAAGGCAUUCGCUCGCUACAGACACUAAUCUUGCCUUGAGGGCCCAGUCCAAUACUGAACUUCUGAUCGCGAGCGGGCGUGGUAGAGCUGGGGGACUUACAACGUUCCAGCGUAGGGUGACCACGACACAGGUAGAUCAACCCAAGAUCCAGAACGUACAUGGCGUGUGGUCGAUCUGUACGAAGCGAAGUCAAGAAGACGGCCGUGGCGUUAGACACGACAAAUACAUAAUUGCAUCCGUCACUAACGACACAGGUGACGAGAAAUCAGCAGUAUAUUCCAUAAGCCCCUAUGACGGUGGUAUUGUAGAAAUAUUGGAGACAGACUUUGAUGCAGAUACUGGCGCAACUAUUGAUGUCGGAACGCUGAAUGGGGGAACCAAGAUGGUUCAGGUUCUGCAAACCGAAUUGCGUUCUUAUGACCAAGGUGAGUCCGAUUUCAUAUUCAGUCGUCUUGACUUCAGCAUCAUUGCGGGACGGAGGGGCAACAGUUGGUGGCCAGGAAGCCAUACUACCGUGCUUGACGGAGCUCACCACACAGAUGGAGAUCACUAUGUCCAAGCAAUGGCGAGUCGACGACGUCACGCAAAGUGCGUAGUGGCAAACAUGGUGUUACAUAUGUCGAUCAUGUCUGAUAGCAUCAAUACAAUAUACAUUUCCGCCACCAUUAGCCCAUUGUAUCCACCAUGCUUGCAGUGCUAUAUCGACAUGUGCCCCGGAACGUUCGUAUUGAUCAAACAGCUAACUAUCUCAGACCUCGGUCUUGCUCAGAUCUACCCAUUAACGGAUGAAGAGAGCGAUACUGGACCUAAAGCCAUCAGCGCAAGCUUCGCGGAUCCCUAUGUCUUACUCAUCCGAGACGAUUCUAGCGCUGUUGUCCUAACAGCCGAUGAGAACGGUGAUCUUGACGAAGUCUCGCAAUCAGAAGCAUUCAAAGCUGUCAAAUGGUUGUCAGGCUCGCUGUACGAAGACUCCAAUGACAUCCUACGACUGGAAUACCCAGAAGAAAGUGAAGACGAAGCAGGCAAUGUGCUUAUGUUUCUAUUGAACGCAAAAGGAGGCCUACAGGUAUAUCGUCUGCCAAAUUUAAACAAACCCGUCUACCUCGCAGAGGGUCUUAGCUUCUUGCCGCCUUUCUUAUCCCCAGAGUUUAGUGGCCGUCGCUCCUCCGCCAAAGAGGCUUUGACCGAGAUCUUGGUAGCAGAGCUUGGAGAUUCCACCCAUAAAUCUCCAUAUAUGAUCCUUCGCUCUGCAAAUGAGGACCUCAUCAUCUACCAGCCAUACCAAUCACCCAUCGAAGGUAGUAAAGACACAUCACUUAGAUUUCUUAAGAUACCGAAUCCGCAUCUACCGAGGACGCCGAAGGAAGACCCCGCAGACGUCGAAGAAAGAGAACAAGAGCGGCGUCAGCCUCUUCGAUCACUGCAUGACAUUAGCGGCUACAGUGCAGUAUUCAUGCCAGGACAAUCUCCGUGCUUCAUCAUUAAGUCUGCGUCCAGUCCACCAGGAGUCAUCGAUAUGUGUGAUGGCUCGGUCAAGAGCCUGACUCAGCUGCAUUCAUCGACCUGUCAGAAAGGAUUCCUCUACAUCGAUGGAGAAGGCAUAACUCGCGCAGCUCAACUUUCUUCGCAAAGUCGGUACGAGACAGGCUGGGUUACAAAAAGAGUCCCACUUGGUGAAGAGAUCCAUGCCCUUGCCUAUCACGAGGAGAUGGAUGCCUAUGUCCUUGGCACAUGCACCAUCGUCGAUUUCAAGCUACCAGAAGACGAAUUUCAUAGUCAUUGGACUGCUGAAGAAACCACAUUCCUCCCUCAAGCUGAACAAGGCUCCAUUAAGCUACUAGACCGCAAAACUUCAUUAAUCAUCGACCACCACUCCCUCUCUCCCUCUGAAGUCGUAACCUGCGUCCAGACUCUCUCCCUCGAAGUCUCCGAACACACCCACGAGCGCCAAAAUCUCGUCUGCGUCGGCACCGCCCUGCUCCGCGGCCCAGACCUCCCCUCUCUAGGCAACAUCUACAUUUUCGCCGUUAUUCCCGUCGUGCCUGAACCCGACCAUCCAGAAACCGGUCGUGCCCUCAAGCUCAUUGCCAAAGAAGAAGUCAAAGGCGCCGUGACCUCCGUCUCUGGAAUCGGCACCCAGGGAUUCUUACUAGUAGCACAGGGGCAGAAAUGCAUGGUCAGGGGAUUAAAAGAAGAUGGGUCACUGUUGCCCGUGGCGUUUUUGGAUAUGCAAUGUUAUGUUAGUGUGGUGAGGGAUUUGGAGGGAACGGGAUUGUGUUUAAUGGGGGAUGCCGUGAAGGGGGUUUGGUUCUGUGGGUAUACGGAGGAUCCAUACCAACUCCGUCUCUUCGGCAAAUCGCCCCACGCAAUCGAAGUGAUAACAGCCUCCUUCCUCCCUUCGGACAAACAGCUCUACAUAGCCGUCGCGGACGCAGACUGCAACAUCCACAUUCUGCAAUUCGACCCUGAGCAUCCCAAAUCCCUCUCCGGCCACCUCCUCCUCCACCACACCACAUUCCACACCUCCCACUACCCCUCAACAAUGACUCUCCUCCCCUCCCCCUCCCCCUCCCCCUCCCCCUCCGCCACCGCACCCGUCUCGGGCCCAAUACUCAUAACGACCCAAUCCGGCUCCCUGGCCCUGCUAUCACCCCUCUCACCAUCCGCACACCGCACACUCUCAAGCCUGCAAUCGCAUCUCCAGAACACCCUACCGCACGCUCUGGGGCUGAAUCCGAGAUCGUACCGGCUGCCCAGUUCGGGGAGUCUGGGCAUGGAUGGAGGAAUGGGACGGGGAGGCGUCGUGGACGGGAAUGUGUGUAAGCGGUGGAUGGAAGGUGGGAGCUGGAGGAGGUGGGGUGGUGACGGAGCGGAGGAGGGCGAGGAAGGCGUUCGGAGGCUUUUGAGAGAGGUUGCUGGGGUUGGGAUUUUGUGA